AUGGCUUUAAUGCAAAAAAAGAAACGUUUUACCUUUUUUGGUUCUCCGCCAAAAUCGCCCACUGUUGGCUCUUCAUUUUUUACUAGUUACAUUCCCUCUCAAGAUAACCAAGAAUUGAAAUAUCCAGUAUUGGAUGAUGUGCGUAAAGCGGAAAACAAUUUGGAACGCCUGGUGAUGGCAGCCGAUGCUUAUCGAGAUUUAAUGGAUAGAUUAAGCAAGGCUUCUAAGCAUUUUAGUAAAGCUUUAAAGGAUUAUGGAAAUGGAAAAGGACUAGAAACUACGUAUGCUAUGUGCAUGCAGACCUCAUCCCAGUUUUAUGAAAAUCACGCAGAUGUUUUAGGAAAAUUGAAUAAAGCUGUACAAAAAGAUUUUGAUCUACUUCAAAAACUUUGGGAUAAGUACUCAAAAAAAACAACCAAAGAUGAAAAAGCUCAUAAUGACUAUGUUGGUGACCUAGAUAGGCAAAUGAGAAAAAUUGGCAAGGAUUACGAAAAGAAAUCAAAGAGAGAUAAUCAAUCAGGUUUAGAGCUAUACGAUAAAUAUAUGAUGUCGAUGAGUGCAGUUGGUACUGAAAUUAAUCGUGCGAAAACAGAAUACACAAAUGAAGUAAUAAAGCGUGAAAGAAAGACUCAUUCAGUUGUAUCACAAAUAGUUUGUCGUAUUACGGAAGGUUGUUUUGCUUCAUUCAAUGAUUCGUUAAAAAAAUGCGGACCAGGUAUUACGAAAAUGAAAGAGUGGGCACCAUUUGCAGGUGAGGGUAUGCCACCACCUCAAAGCCUAGAUGACUUUCUAGAAGAUCAGGUAUCAUAUCCCAAAUAUGCGUCAUCAGAGAAAGUUUUUGAAUCUUUUGCAGCAAUAUCAGAGAAACAGAUAGCAGCAAUGAACUAUUCGUCUUCAGAAUCCAUGUUACCUGAACCUUCUUUGCCUAUUAUUGAUGAUGAUCCGGAUAGUAAUAUUCCCACAAGAUAUGUACAAAUGCCGUCCAAAAUUUCACGUGCCAACACUCCAGAAACACCAAAACCGAUACCAGUCAAAUUAUCAGUCAAACCUUCAACGUUUUCUCCAGAAACUAUAUCACCUUUAUCAGCCAAAUCUUCAACGUUUUCUCCAGAAACUAUAUCACCUUUAAGUAGACAAAUUAAUAAAAAAUAUAAUAAUGUAAAUAGCUCAAGUUCAUCAUCAUCAACGAUCAGCAGUACACCUUCACAACCACCUAGCAAUAAAUCUUCUAUCUCAAACUCGAUCUCAAGGCUCUCUAUCGGUGUUCAUCCUAAUGAUAGUCCGUUUUUACGCGAUGAAAAAGUUGUUGAGGUUGAAGCAGCAGAUUUAUUUACAGAAAACAGAGUUGAAAAAGCAACAUUUAAACCUAACAUAAUUAAAGCAAAGACAGAAUAG